GCUCGGACGAUACCAGUUCAUUUUUAAGGAAAAGCUACGAAAUGUCAGUGCCACUUAAGGAUUUUCUCGCACAAGACAACGUCCUCAUUUCCGACCCAGAUAAGUUAUGGAAGAAAAUUAAUAAAAUACAAUCCGAUACGCAUGCGAAGCUGCAGAUAGUUACUGACUUCGACCACACGCUCACAAGACAUGAUGGGCUGACGACUUUUGAUAUGUUUAAUAAGUGUCCAUCCGUACCGGGAGAAUACAUAAAGGCAAAUGAGGAAUUGAAGAAAGAAUACGGAGAUAUUGCCAAGACUGCCAAUAUGACACCGGAAGAGAAAAAAAAACACUACUCAGAGUGGUUUGGAAAAGUUUACGACAAGAUAAAGGAGACCGUAAACAAAUUUCCUUUUAAUGAACUUGCUGCCCAAGCGAAGGAAGUUAAAUUUAAAACCGGCGUGGAAGUUUUAAUACAAAAGUGUAAGGAGCAAAAUGUACCAAUUUUGGUUUUCUCCGCUGGAAUGGGCGAAUGCGUUAAUGCCAUUAUGAAAGAAAACAAUUACCUGUAUUCCAAUAUUAAUAUCAUCGCUAACUUCUGUGAAGUGAAUGACGACGGCAAAGUAUUGGGUGUGAAGGGUAAUUUCUUGAUACACUCGAAUAAUAAAAACGAAGCUAUUCAUCGGUAUGCAGACGAUCAUUUCAACAAGGAGACAAAUCGUCGCAACAAUGUUCUUCUGUUCGGUGAUAUGACUGGUGACGCUAACAUGGUCAACGACCAUGAUUACGAUGUUGUCAUACGAGUAGGAUUCCUCUACUAUAAUCCGGAGAAGAAUACCGAUGAAACAGAGAAAAAUAAAAAGAAUUAUUCGAGUGUGUUCGAUAUUGUACUCCUCAAUGACAACACAGUGGACCUGCCGAAUAUUCUUUUAAAUUUGAUUAUAGGUUCAGAAUAAUUUUUCUUUGUAUUUAAU